AACCAGGACUCUCUUGCUGCCAAUAAUAGUUUAACAAUAACUGGUAAUUUUAUUGUAGUGCAUAAUAAAACUGACAUUAUUACAUCAUUACAAUUCUCACUAGAAACAAGUCCAGAUAUACCCACACCACACCUGGACAGUGUUGAUGCAUUAGAUAAUUAUUUGCCAAAUAUAGAUUUUAGUAACCCUAUUGAAGAAGAAUCAGUAAUAUUUCCUUUACAACCUAAUACUGAUAUAGUGUUGACUCAAGAUACAGAAAAUAAUAUACUCUCCCGACUCAUUAAAGAUUUAACUGAAGAAAAAGAUAAACGAUUAAAAGAAGAAAGCUGUGGAAAAUUACAUGACUACCAAAUCCGAACUUUAAAAACUUCUUAUUAUUUAGAACAGUUAAAGAAGGAAGCUAAUAACACCUGUGAACUAUCUUGUCUCUACUCCACUACCACUAUUACCUUUAAUAAUUUGGAAGAGCUAAGUGAAGAAAAUUUUUCAUCACUUCUAAGAGAA